UCCGCCCACUUCAACGACUGUUCGUUCCUGGUUUGCCUUUGCGCUGAUUUCUCUACUCACAGCGAUCUACUUUUUGGUGAUUUAGUCAUGUCUUUGGAGGUGGAAUCAGCCGACGUGAUUCGUCUGAUAAUGCAGUACCUGAAAGAGAACAAUCUGCACCGGACAUUGACCACCCUACAGGAAGAGACCACGGUGUCUUUGAACACUGUGGACAGUAUCGAGAGUUUCGUGGCAGACAUCAACAGUGGCCAUUGGGACACUGUGCUGCAAGCUAUUCAGUCCCUCAAGCUCCCUGACAAGACUUUGAUAGACUUGUAUGAACAGGUGGUGUUGGAGCUCAUUGAGUUGAGAGAGUUGGGAGCAGCCAGGUCUUUGUUAAGGCAAACAGACCCCAUGAUCAUGCUGAAGCAGACGCAACCAGAGAGGUACAUUCACCUGGAGAACCUGCUGGCUCGCUCCUACUUUGACCCCAGAGAGGCCUACCCAGAUGGCAGCAGUAAGGAGAAACGACGGGUGGCCAUCGCCCAGGCCCUGGCCGGGGAGGUCAGCGUGGUGCCCCCCUCCCGUCUCAUGGCCUUGCUGGGACAGGUGAGUGACAUGUUCCUAUACACCUGGAAUAUAUGGUCUUUUCAUGUUAAUUCAGCACAUAGUCUGAUAUACGACCAGGAUACUAUUAUGCAGAUCAGUAUUUUAACCACCAUCUCCGUCUCUCAGUCCCUAAAAUGGCAACAGCACCAGGGUCUCCUGCCCCCAGGUAUGACCAUUGACCUGUUCAGGGGCAAGGCAGCCGUGAAGGACGUGGAGGAGGAGCGCUUCCCCACACAGCUCACAAGACACAUCAAGUUUGGGCAGAAGUCCCACGUGGAGUGUUCCCGCUUCUCCCCUGAUGGUCAGUACUUAGUCACAGGAUCAGUAGAUGGUUUUAUCGAGGUCUGGAACUUCACCACUGGCAAAAUCAGAAAGGAUCUCAAGUACCAGGCGCAGGAUAACUUCAUGAUGAUGGACGAUGCAGUGCUGUGUAUGUGCUUCAGCAGGGAUACAGAGAUGCUGGCCACAGGGGCCCAGGACGGCAAAAUAAAGGUGUGGAAGAUCCAGAGUGGUCAGUGCUUGCGGCGCUUUGAGCGUGCCCACAGUAAAGGUGUCACGUGCCUCAGUUUCUGCAAGGACAGCAGCCAGCUGCUCAGUGCUUCCUUCGACCAGACCAUCAGGGUUCACGGAUUGAAGUCGGGCAAGUCGCUGAAAGAGUUCCGAGGACACUCCUCAUUUGUUAAUGAAGCAACAUUCACACCUGACGGCCACCAUAUCAUCAGCGCUUCCUCUGACGGCACUGUGAAGGUGUGGAACAUGAAGACCACAGAAUGCACUAACACCUUCAAGUCCCUGGGCACCUCGGCCGGCACCGACAUCACAGUCAACAACGUCAUCCUUCUGCCCAAGAACCCAGAGCACUUUGUGGUGUGCAAUCGCUCCAACACUGUUGUCAUCAUGAACAUGCAGGGCCAGAUUGUGAGAAGUUUCAGCUCUGGUAAGAGGGAGGGAGGAGACUUUGUCUGCUGUACACUGUCUCCACGUGGCGAGUGGAUAUACUGUGUAGGAGAGGACUUUGUGCUCUACUGCUUCAGCACAGUCACCGGCAAGCUGGAGAGAACCCUAACAGUCCAUGAGAAGGAUGUGAUUGGCAUCGCCCACCACCCCCAUCAGAACCUAAUCUCCACGUACAGUGAGGACGGCCUACUCAAGCUCUGGAAACCCUGAGCGUAUAUCUUAACCCCACAAGCCCCCUUCAUCAGCAUGCCAGCUGCUUUUCCCAUGGGAUGCUGCAGUGUUUCCUCUACCAUCACUUUAGGUGGGCCAGGUAGUGACUCCCAUCUAGCUCUUUUUGUUCAGACUAAAAUGUUUUUGGCCCCAAUUUAUUCAAAUUGGCAGUAUGUGUUGCUGUUUCGGGGCACCUGUGCCACACCUCAAAGUGUAGCUAGGGGAAACACUGGGGUAAUGGGAGUGCAGGCAUGGGCUUUAAACAUACCUUUUUUUAAUACAAACUUUUCUUUAUGUAAAUAUUUUUUAUAGGAUUUUUUCUUCCAAUAACAUCUGGUUGGGUAUUUUGCCUCAUUUGUCAGUCAGGUCAACAAUUGCUUGUGUUACUGCACAGCAAGAAAUGGAAAGGGCUUUCAUUUGUCACUGGUGAAUGACUCAUGUUGAUUUUUGUAUCCCUGAUCUGAUAUACCUUUUCAUGUGUUGCUGUGUGUUUCUAGAUGUGAAAUGCAUGUGUUAUUGCUAUUACAUAUGGAUUGUCAUGUACUAUUUCUUGUCUGUCCCAUUAAAGAUAUUUGAUCAGG